AUGGCACCAGUUCGAAGACCUGCGCAUUCAGUGAUCUCAAUCGUACCUGCAUCUCCAACGAACAUACCAAGCAAUGCUGGCCCUCCGCAGCCUGUUCGAGUGGCAUGGGCCUAUGGCGGAGAUACCACUUUCGUGAUUAGAGGACUGAGCAAUGCAAUUUGCCAAGGCCCCAGGCUCACUGUCAGCCAUCAAGGCCAACAGGGAGCGAGUCGACCCAGCCAAGUGCAGCAGUUGGGCUCAAACCUCAGCCAGAUGAAUGUCCAGGGGCCGUUUGCCAACAAAACCAAAACCUGGGAUCCUUCCGUUGCUCCCUCACCCUCACAGAUGACCAAGUCUCCCGCGUCCGGAAAAAGCCAAGUGACCACGAUCACCCGCGCUGGUCGCAGGAUAGACAGCGGCGUAUGCGCGAAGUCUGGCUUGACAAAAGAGGAUUACAAGCUUGGAGAGAUCAUCGCGAUUCCUUUCCAUCAGCCAAAUAUGAAUCCCCACGUGGACCCCAAUGCCAGUGACUUGGUAAAAACCAAGUACGGACCAGUAUUCUCGAAACGGCGAAUGGUAGUGGUGCUCUGGAUCUACGAAGAAAUCCUCUUCUGCGUGCCGCUAUACACAUGGGACAAAAGAGGGGUCUCGUCGAGGGCGGACAAUUUGCAACCUGAAUACGUAUCAGUGAAGAACGUGAAGGACCGCGACUUCCAGAACCAAGGCAGGUAUCAGCCUGUCGAAGCUACUAGCCGGAAGGAAUUCGACUCGACCAAACCAUCCACAUCACCGGCGCGAUCCCCGUGA